GCGGCUCGAGUGUAUAGCUGGAUGCAGCAGCAGCUCUGUGCGCGCGGCAUCCUGAAGCAGUUCUUGGGAAGCGGCCAACCCUGCAAGGUUCUUCUGAUCUCCUUCAACUCUUCUGUGGGACUCCUGAGAAGUCAGCUGGACUCAAUGUGGUUCUUGGAGAAAGUGGGGGCAUCCCCUGGAGAAGGCAGCCCACUGGGUCCGUCAUUCCUGGGCUUGCCCCCCAGCCACCCUGUCAAGCCGGGGGGCCCUGCUGCAGCUUUUGCCAACAUAUUGACCCCGGACAGGAUCCCGGAGUUCUGCAUCCCCCCCAGGCUGGCAAAUCCUCCUCCAGCGAAGAGUCCUAGUGCAGCCUUCCAGCCCCACCGCUGCCUCACGGAGCCCGGCUUGCAGCAGGCUGCCACUUCUGCUGGCGUGGGUGUCGACCGCACCCCCAGCCCAUUCCUGCUGCCCCACCUCAUUCAGGUGGAAAGUGUGGAGGAGAUCCCAGGCCUGGAGGAAGAAGAAGGCACCAACUCAGACCCCCAGUCUCAGGCUGCCCUGUCCUUGCCUCACUUCCCCAAAGCGCAGACGUCCUAUGGUUUCUGCACGCUGCUGGAGAGCCCUCACACCCGGAGGAAGGAAUCCAUCUUCCACAGUGACUCUUCUCUCAGCCUGGCCCUGCCCCGGCCCCGAGCCAGCAGCUAUGGGGGCAGAGAGCUCCCCUCCAGCCACUCCAUUGCCAUCCAGUCGGUGGCCUGCCAGCGCCACCUGCUCAGCCGGCAAGGCCCCUGGGACAGCGACACGGCUUCUUCCAGCGAAUCCUCGCCCUUCAGCUCCCCGCUCCUGGGCCGAUCACCUCCGCUGCGAGGGCCCGGCUUGCUCUUCAAAGCCCGGAGCCAGGAGGGGCUGCUGGGCAAGGCCUGGAGGUCCCAGAGCAAAUUGUCCAGCAUGGGAAGAGCCAAUUCCUUGUCCACCGAGGACAGCAGCUCCACGGACAGCAGCCCCAAUGCCAUUCGGCGGUCCUCAGACAGCCUCUUUGACCCGCUGACCUGCCGAGCCUACAGCCUGUCCCCGCUGCCCAUCUUCCCGCUGGACGUGCCCUGUGGCGGCCGGGAGAGGCUUGGCCGGGAGAGCACUGUCUGCAUGGACAAGGGCGGGCUCCUGCGGCUGUCCUCUGAGUACUGCCCCGAGAACCGGCGCCUGCGGGUCCGCCUGAUCAGCGUGGAAGGACUUUACGAGCCCUUGGCGGAGCCCAAGAGCAUCAACUGCUGCAUCACCUUCUCCCUUGUGCCUGGCAAGACCCAGAAGCAGCGCAGCACAGUCAUCAAGAGGAGCCGCGACCCCAUCUUCAAUGAGGACUUUUUCUUUGUGGGCAUCGCCGAAGAUGACCUCUGCAGCCUCGCGGUGAGGAUGAAGGCUGUGAAUAAAGGGUGCAGCUUGAAAAGGGACCUCGUUUUGGGGGAGAGCGAGGUUCCCUUGAUGAAGCUUUUAGCAGGUUAAAAAAGAGAGAGAGAGAAACGACUCUGUCUUGCAACCUGAGAUAUUUUAUUUAUUUUUUCGUACUUGGUGUGUUUUUUUGUUUUAAAAUAAAUAUAAUUUUUACUGAAACUUGCAAAUGCUUCUCUUUUGGUAGAUAAAUAGGAACCGCUACAGCGGGAAGGUAAACGGCGUUUCCAUGUGCUGCUCUGGUUUGCCAGAAGCGGCUUUGUCAUGCUGGCCACAUGACCUGGAAGCUAUACACUGGCUCCCUCGGCCAAUAAUGCGAGAUGAGCGCGCAACCCCAGAGUCGGUCACGACUGGACCUAAUGGUCAGGGGUCCCUUUACCCUUUACCUUUAGGUCAGUAAAUGACUUUGACUUGAGCGAGACUUGCAAGUUACACACAAAUGCACAAUUCAUGGUUCUAUUAAUCCUAUGCACCUGUGCUUUGGCAAUGUCCCAUUGAGCUCUCCAUCAGGCUUGCACCCAAGGAGGUGUGUACAGACUUGCAGCUCCAGGGUUUGUGUAUCAUCCAGAGUGCUUUACAUUAUCCUUAAAACAAUCCCCACACGGCAGUUGUGGCUGAAGGUGGUUAGUUUCAGCCUACAGCUGGAGA